AAAGCCCGGCUGCAGCGCCGCUACCGAGCCGCCAGAUUAAACCCCACAAUGCUCUGCGCUCGGGCAAGAUGGAAGAACACGGCAGCUGCGGCAGCAGCGGGAGAACAAUAUUUUGGGUCUAAAAAAUCGAAACAGGAGCCUAAGUGUGAAUUAGAUACGCUGAAGCAGCAAGUCGGGGUCAUGCACUGGAUGAAUCGGAUUGGCACCGUGUAGCCCUCCCACCCCGGCCAGCCCACACUCACCAUGAACAUCAUCCAAGACAAACUAGGGAACGAAUUCCUCCGCUCCAACGGCGGCAUGGACUCCGGCUUCGGCUCGGGCAUGAUCAUGUUCAGCCACCUGCCGCCGGUGACCACCUUCACCCGCCUGGCCGCCCAGUCCGUGAUGCAGGACCUCCCGCCUCAAGAGAUGAUCUUCAAGAAGGAGCGGGACUCGCCCGGCGGCGUUGGCGAGGGCCUGGGCGGCGGCGGCGGCGGCGGCGGCGGCGGCGGCGGGGGUCUGGUCUGCGGCCAGGCCGGGGACUAUGUGCACACCAUGGGCAUCAAGCAGGAGAAGCUGACGGAGCAUGACUACCGCCUGCCGCUGUACCCGGGCAGCCAGGGCCGGAGCACGGAGCUGCUGGAGGUGUCCAUGGGGAACCACCACCACCACCACCAGAGUCUGCAGGUGCAGGACCUCAGCAUGGCCAACCAGCUGCCCAUUCGGUUAGGGAAGGAGGUCACUGGGAGGAAAGGUCGGAGGUCAAAUGGUGACGGACAGGAGGGCAAGCCCAAGAAGAGGCGAAGCGAAGCCAAGUCGAUGAUGCUGGACGCGGAUGGCUGCAGCCUGUCGCCAGGCACCAAACCCCACAUCUGUGAGCACUGCAGCGCGUCCUUCCGGAGCUCCUACCACCUCCGGCGCCACGUGCUCAUCCACACCGGUGAAAGGCCGUUCAGAUGCAGCCAGUGUAACAUGAGUUUCAUUCAGAAGUACCUUCUCCAGCGGCACGAGAAGAUCCACAGUGGAGAGAAGCCAUUCAGUUGUGAUCAGUGUAACAUGCGGUUCAUCCAGAAGUACCACAUGGAGCGUCACAAGAGGACUCACAGCGGAGAGAAGCCUUACAGAUGCGAGACCUGCCAACAGUAUUUUUCCCGGACGGACCGUUUGCUGAAGCACAAGCGUACGUGUGGGGAGGGGGGGAUGAGGCGGGACUCUGACCUGCUGGACCUGGGCUGCGGCCACCCGGACCAGGCCUACGGGGGGGUCUCCCAGGGGGGCCCCGCGCCCGCCGGCCGCAAGAAGGGGCGGUCAAAAAACAACAACAACGGCGAGGGCGGGGAGCGCAAGAGGAAGAAGGGGGCGGGGCUGGCGCUGGGCUCGGUCCAGGAGCAGGCGGGCUACGGCGUCCAGCACUUCCCGGUGGACAACCACGGCCCCAGCGCCUCGCACCAGAACCUCCAGGGCCACCCGGGCGUGGCCCCCAAGAUGGCUGCCAAGAAGGCCAACCGCAAGGCCCAGGAGCAGGCCAAGCAGGCCCACCUGGAGCCUAGCGCCAGCAUGGAGGGCUUCCCCAUGAUGCAGAGCAACGGCAACGGCAGCGCCAAGGCGUGCGGCAACAGCAGCACCUACGACGACGCCAUGCAGUUCCUGAAGAAGCGGCGCUACCUCAACGCGGGGAACAACAACAGCGGCAACAACAACAACGCCGCCGCGGCGCCACAGCCGCCGCCCCCGGGCGGGACGGGCAACGAGUACGACAUGGGCCCGGGGCACCUGCACGCCCAGCCCUCGGUCAUCCAGGGCCUGGGGUCCGGGACGCUGGACGGCGAGGCGCCGCUGGCCCUCCUGGACGCGUCGCACAUGGGGCUGGACAAGCUGGACCGGUCGGGGAUCCCGGACGAGGUGCUGCAGAGCCUGCUGGACCACUACGCCCAGAAGCCCGACGGCUCGCCCCAGGACCUGCACUUUGACCUGGGCGACCACCACGUGGUGGGCCCGCUGCACCCCAUCCCGUCGGACGGCGCCGACGGCGGCGGCCACGACGCGCCCAGCCCCACCGGGGAGAAGGCGGUGCUCAUGCACGAGUACUCGCGCUUCCUGCUGCAGGCGCUGGAGCGCACCAGCCACUACGCGGGCUUCCACCCCAGCCCGGGGCCCUUCUCCGCCUCCAUCCCGGGGAACCCGCUCUACGCCGACAAGAGCAUAUACACUACGUCCCCGCUGGAGUGCGGCUUCGGCCCGUCGGCGGGCUCGCCCUCCAUGCCGGCCUCCUCCUCGCCCUCCUCCACCUCCUCCUCCUCCGUGCCAAAGUCCCACUUUGCCAUGCUGGCGGGCUCGUCGCCGCAGCACGGCUUCCAUCUGAGCGGCAUGGAGCCCUCAGCGCACCAGCAGCUCACCCCCUCUCAGGAGCUCACGGAGCAGACGGAGAAGCCGCACGCCGGCUCCUCCUCCUCCUCCUCCUCCACGCCGCCGCCGCCGCCCUCCUCCUACCAGAUCAGCCCCUCGGACCUCAGCGGCAGCCAGAAGGAGGCGCGCAGCGCCAAGGGCGCCUACCGGCUGUCGGCGUCCCAGGACCUGGAGUCCCUGGAGGCCAAGGCCUCCUCGUACCACAUGGAGAACUUCGCCCAGGCGUUCGGCGCCCAGUACAAGGCGGACGGCUGCGGGCUGGCGGCGUACGGCGGGGAGUCGGGCGGCGAGGUGGACCACCGGAUACGGAGCGCGUCCGUGUCCGAGUUCUCAGGGUAUAGCAGUUUGUUAAGCGAUGUCAAUGAGCCAGUGAGUACAGCUUCCAAAACGCAGACGAGCCAAAGCUACAGAUGAGGGGUUUGGCGGGGCUUUUUGUUUGUUUUAGAACAAUUUACUUGGUUGGGUUUCGAGUCGACUCGAGGGAGAGCGAGAGGAGAGAAAAACAUAAAAGGAUGUCCAAUUUUUCUUAUUUUUCGUGCAUCUAUUUUAUUUUAUUAUUCUAAUUAUUAUUGUGAUUUUAAUUAUUCAGACACUAUGUUUUGUACUGCCACGAACGCACCUCUCUCCCCCACAACGGCUGCAAGGCCUCUUACAAAUGCAAUGUCAUUAUCAUCAUAGGAUCCAUUUUUUUGCGUGUGAAAAUGUAUCCAUUAUUCAAUCCAUUUUAGUUAGAAAAAUGGAUUCACUCCAUUUUGAUUUAAUCCAUUUAUAAUUCAAAUAAUCUUUAUAUAUAAAUAAAAACAAGCAAAUAAUAGCAAUGAAACACGUAUUUGAGCAAUCAACUUCACAAGUGUAAGAUUCUAAAAGAAAAGGGGAAAUGAUAACGAUGGCAGGGAUCAGCCUAGGACUGAACAAGCAAAAAAUAAACAAAGUUAUUGUCUGUUACACGGUUUUAAAGUAUUACUCAGGAAAAUAAUGUGGGGAAUGAAUGAGUUUGGUCGGGCGAGGCACCCAGCCAUACGUAAAUAUGCGUUCAGAACUCCAGAGCCGUUUUUGUUUUAUAGUGUAUGUUCCUUUCCUUAUUUUGAAUGGGUGCAACAAUAACCGACUUCUGCCAGCUCGCAUACACUGAGAACACUUUCCACUUGGCUAAAUAGAGAUUAUGGUACUGUCUUGUCAAUGUGAAACUCAUGUUCUCUUCCACAAUGGCCAUAUAUAGAAUAUAUAUAUAUUUAUAAAAAAUAUAUAUGAUGUAAAAAAAAUACAGUUUUAAUCAUUCUGGGCGCUUGCCAGGUGAACUAGAGGAAGAGAGGAGGUCGGACAACUUGCAUGUGUAAUAGUUGUUUUAUCCCCGGGCAGAACGAAAUCAAGGCAGUGACUUUCCGUGCCACUAGGGGUCGCCGUUGCGCAGCAAAGGAUAAUGGUUCACCCUCCCGCCGACUUUCUUCCUCCGCAAAUCUCUCUCUAGAAAAAAUAAUCCAAUCAGCACUUUGAGCCGUUUAUUGCAUUGAGUAAACUCACCUGUCGUAUCAGAAGAGCUCAGACGUCUACCGACUGGCUUACACAGAGGUGCCUGGUUAGGUUUGGGGCAGGCAGGGAGUAGCCUAUGGUUGGAUCAUAGAGUCCGGCCGAUACCGAUGUAAAGAAAUUACGAUAUUGAUAUAUCAGCCGAUAUUUUAAAAUAAUUUAUCGGCCGUUAUUCGAUACAUUUUAUAUCUUUGUAUCCUGGGGGUUGAGCAGCUCCUUUGGGAUUUGCUGCUUUCCCUCCAGAAGUGCUUCGGGCCCUGGCAACGUAAAAUCAUGAGCUAAAAGAACCAAUUAGCUGUUGCAUGGGGUGGAGCUACUUACCCUCACACAACGGAAUAUAAAACUGUUAGUGUUGGGAGUGUUUACGCAGAUGUGCAUUUAGAGGUUCAGUCACAACAGAGGAUUACUUAAGAGGGGAUAAAAUUCAUAAAUCAACAGCAAUUCAUAUCGGCGCAAAUGUAUACGCCGAUACCGAUCAAUCUGUGAUUGGCCAAUAUCGGCCGUUAAAAUCGGCCUGCCGAUAUAUAUCGGUCGGGCUCUAGUUAGAUGGCAUGUUUUUUGUUUUAUUCAGGGUUGGGGUGGGAGGGGGGUUAACAUUUUCUAUUAUACACGGGGAGGGGGAAAAGUUGGGGUGGGUUCUAAAAAAUUUGAAUGGGAUAUUGUAAUUGUUAUUCACAGCCCAUAGUUUUAGUUAAAAUUGUUACCCAGUUUAGCAUUUUUUGCUUUAUAAUUGAGUUUUAUGAUAAUUGAUAGGAACUAUUUCUUCUCCUUUUUACUCGUAGUAGCCAUGUAUGAAAGAAAUGGCGUUGUACCUAAUUGUACUUAUUCUAAGCCACGUGAUGCUUCCAUCACCCAAUUAGUGCCCAGAGUCAAUGCCCAAUCUGUCAGUGUGGAACCGCAUCCAAGCACGUGCAAAAUGUCAUUUUAAUGCCGACAUACACUUGCAUUUCUUUUCUGAAUUGUAAACCAAUAACACAACUUUUCAAAUCCUCCCGAGAAAAAAAAAGUCUGGAAACGUACGUGUCCUUUCUCUAGGACCUAGAUCCUUCUAGAUGAUAUCAUCUCCAUAUCCUCUCAAUGUACCAGUCGCGCCACAUUGACUUAAAAGCGAUCCCCAACCACGGCUGUAUACAGGCCUUGAUGCUGUCAGAGGGGGGGUGCUGUGAUUGGCCACCGACCGCUUGAUUCGAGCAGUAAAUACUUAUUUUCCAAACCAUAUACCUCAUAUCUCACUGUAACCCAGGGACGACGGACGGGUCAAACGGACGCGGCCGUGCUGUAGCGCCGCGCUCAGAAGGCACGCCAGCCUCGAUUUACUUUUGUUUUCAGGGUCAGAUUUUUUUGUACGGACGGACUACUUGAAACUUUUGUGUAAAUGACAUGUAUGUUAUGUCUGGUCGGGGGUCCGUCACUGAACGGUUUCUUCGGAUGUCUUAAAUCCUGCGACUGGAACUUCAGUCUUCCUCGUGCGUGUCGCGGCUUACCCGAUCUGCCCGUUUAGUUUCCAUGCUGUAGGAUGAUGAUUUUUCUUGAUUUUUUUUAUUUUUUAUUUUGACAUAAAAUGUAAAGGACACAUUUUUUAUGCCCCCCCUCCCCCUCUAUUAUGAAUAAUAUUUUCCUCCAUUGUCUUCCCUCUCUUACCACAAUUUUGUAGCGAAUAUUAUCAUCCUCUUCCAUGUUCUUUCGGGCUGCUGUGAACCGCUUCACUCAGCUGUAUUUGUCCAAUGAAAUUCAAAUUGAUUAGGGAAAAAAAAAUAAAAAUACUUUUAUCAAAGAG